AUGACUGAGAUUGUUGAUCAGACCGAUAACAAUAUCGGAGAAUACAAUGUUUUCACGUGGAUCACUUACAAAGAUGAUAUACCAAGAUUUAUGUACCAAUUAUUCAAUAAUGAAUCACUUGUUGACGUGACGCUCUGUGUUGAUGGUGAACGGAUUCAAGCUCACCGUCUCAUCCUCGGUGCUUGCAGUGAUUUAUUAAGAGAUGUGUUGAAAGAAGCUCCUGAGGACAAUCCGACUCUCAUAAUUAAUGACGUUUCAGCCGAAACUAUGAAAGCAAUAAUUGAAUUUUGUUAUACCGGGAAUGUAAAAGUUCCUCCGGCAGGGACCAGAAAUUUAUUUGAAGCUGCUAGGUUUUUAAAAAUAUCAGCACUGAUGGAGACAGCAGAGUCUGAUUUUACAAAUGAAGAUGAAUAUCAAUUAAUAGAUUCUUUGGAUGCGUCUAAUGAAGUCGUAGAAAAUACUUGGGAAAUUGAAAAUGAAAAUUAUGAAGCUGAAGAUGUUACAUAUACUGAAGAAGUAGAUAUGAGUACUGUUAAAGAAGAACAAGUUAAACCAGAGAAAGAAAAAGGUAAUAACAAGACAAAACGCAAACGUGAGAACCCCAAAAGAGAUUACAAUCCUGCGAACAUGGAAGCUGCACUGAAUGACUUGAGCCAAGGGUUGUCUUUAGUUGAGGCUUCUACCAAAAACAAUGUGGCCAGAUCGACACUCUACAUGAGGUGCAAAGCUCUAGGAAUGCAACUGAACACCUCCAGACACGAUUAUCCUGCAGACCGACUCAAGGCGGCUAUCAAUGCUGUUAUGAACGGAGCCAGUUUUCAAAGUGCAUCUGAUAGAUACAAAAUACCUAAAACUGUCUUGUGGAGGCGAAUCCAAAAAGAAAAUUAUCGCUCGAUGAGGCCUGAUUGCAAGCGGGCUUACGAUGCUCGCAAAAGAGAAGCUGCUGUUAAAGCUUUGGCUAGAGGGGAAAAUCUUACUAAAGUUUCUUUGGAGUUUCAGAUUCCAAAAACGACAUUGUUUCGUGAUAAGACAAAAUUAGUGGACCAAGGAAAAUUACCAGAAUCAUUUUGGAAAAAACGUAAAACAGAAGACGAGCAUAUAAAAAAAAUGCGCCUUGAAGAGGCAGUUACCGCUUGCUUGCAAGGAAAAAUGUCUCAAGCAGCUGCUUCAGUGGCUUAUCAUAUUCCAAAAACCACAAUUUGGCGACGGCUUCAACAGGAACAGAGAAAAAUGGACAAAAACUUUGUCACUAAAAGAAGAGUCCGUUCUAUUCAACAGGCAGAUGUUAAAGUUGAGAGUUUAAAAGAUUCUGACCUUACGAUGUGUAAUGACUCUUCGGAUAUUCCAAUGACGUACAUCGAUGAAAAUAACGUCGAAGAGUCUAUUAUAAUUCUAACUAAGGAAGAAGUUGAAGGCCUUAAUCUCGAUGAUAGUCAACAAAUUAUUGUCAGCACGGAUAAUGAUGGGGAGUACAUUCCUUGUUCGAUAAACAUCGAAGAUACGUCUAACUAUUCGGCUAUUGAAAUUUUCAAAGAAUCAGAAAAUCUUACCAAAGUUUUUUUGGAGUUUCAGUUUCAGACAGCAGACUUUGAUUUUACAAAUGAAGAUGAAUAUCAAUUGAUAGAUUCUUUGGAUGUGUCUAAUGAAGUCGUAGAAAAUACUUGGGAAAUCGAAAAUGAAAAUUAUGAGGCUGAAGAUAUUACAUAUGUUGGAGAAGUAGAUAUGAGUACUGUUAAGGAAGAAGAAGACUCUUCGGAUAUUCCAAUGACGUACAUAGAUGAAAAUAACGUCGACGAGUCUAUUAUAAUUCUAACCAAGGAAGAAGUUGAAGGCCUUAAUCUUGAUGAUAGUCAACAAAUUAUUAUCAGCACGCUAUGCUCUACGCCAGUCGUUGAAGAAGCGCCGUCUGCAGAGAGUGUGGAACCAGAGGUUAUAUCACGACACUUUGCUUCCUUUGAUUUAAUAAAGGCUACGAGAAAAUAUGCCAUGUUACAAAACGAAUUAAAAACUGCCCUAGACUUGCAGCAUGACAGCCACAAAAAUGAAGGAAAGCUAGCGAGUGCUAAAUUACCAGCACGGAUAAAUCCGUGA